CCGGACUCAGCUAGUGUAGCAUUUAAAAUGAAUGUCACAGAGUCUUUCCUUAAAACUAUUCCGAAGAGUUUUGAAAAUGCUAUACAAACAAUCGUUCAUAACAACACUUAUAAUACAAAUUACAAAGAAGCACAAAAUAACUUUUUAGAACUACUUAAUCGAAGUAGACAAACACUAUUUGAUUCUUUCACAUUGUUAGAAGCAAAUACACAAUUAGAUGAACCAUCGCCAUUAGUACCGACUUCACAAACUAUUUUUUGGAUGUAUGAUAUACUGGCGCCUGCUUUCAAUAUUCAAAUGUCAUUUAAAAAUAAAUUGAUAAUAUCUCGUUUCUUAAAUUUUUAUUUUAAAUAUAAACAUUUAACGAAUUUAGAAUUUCAAGAAAAUGCAUGGUCAGCAUGUUUACGUGCAAAUAAUUAUUAUUCUAGUGCUUUGAUUUCGUACCAACCAUAAAAUUAAAUUUUUGGCCAAAAGAUGUAAGACCAUUUUUAGAACGUUUAAAAGAGAAUCGACCCUUUUUAUAUGAAAAAAUUAAAACGGUUUAUAUGCAUUUAAUACCAAAAUGGUCAAAAAAAACAGAAACGUCAAGCCAAUAUUAUGAAUUUCGUUAUUCAUUUUCCGCUGUUGAACGUAUACUCGCAGAAGAACGUUCAUUAAAUGAACAAACUUUAAACGGUGUUGCACAUAGUAUUUAUUACAAACAUUUAUACACUAAUGGAUCAGCAGCGACCACUAAUGAACAUUUACCAUCAUAUUUUGUUAAAUUAACCGUUUUAUGGAUGUGUGAAACAAUGAAUAUAAACCAAUAUGAAAAUGAUAAUAAAAUAAAAUUAGCAAAAAUUUUAGCUGAGAAAUGGAUUACAUAUGUUAAACAAUUAAUCUCUAAUGGUUAUUGUGAACAUUAUUUUCUAUCAAAUAUUAAUCUUUUAGAAUCAUAUUCACCGAGUUUAUUGCAUAAAAUUAAUUUAAUUUUACAAGAUAAUACUACAGUUGAUUUAGAACAAGAAAUGCAACUAGUAACAAAAGUUACUACAGAAGAUGUGAAAAAACAAUUAAAGUCUAAACAAGAUAUUUAUGACUAUUCAUAUAAUGACAAGAUGAUUUAUGCCGUUUUGGAUUAUAUUCAAUUAGAAAAAACAUUUUCAAAAAGUUUAUCAUUUCAAAAGCAAAUGAUUGAAAAUGAUUAUUUUUUAGUUGUAUUUUCAUUAUUACAAACAAUGGCUUGGUUAGAUGGUGAAUCAAAUAAUUGGACACAAUGGAAACGUUUAUUUUGUGAUAAUAAUGAACAUAUUGAUCAUUUACCAUUAACAAUUGAAGAUUGUGAUAAAGAUGAUGAUAUAAAUCUAUUGAGUGUAGUUUCUGCACUUUGUUUAUCCGGUUCAGUGUUAAGUCGUAUGUUACACAUAUUUACCAAUAGUGAUUUAAUAGAAAAAGCAAAACUUUUCAAUCAUGAAGAAUUCAAUAAAAUAUUAUCAUUCUUUGUGAA